AUGGGGCCCAGAAGCCUAGUUUCUGGGCCAGAAGCUGGGCGUCCGGCCUCAGACGGCCCAAACAACCUUGAAACUGGGCGUCUGGGCGGUCUGGGCCCAGACUCGCCAGAUGGCCCGGAAACUGGGUGUCUGGGGCAGACGGCCGAGAAACUGGCCGCAAGCCCCCCAGAACCUAGACAGCCCAGAAACUUGGGCUGUCUGGGCCGUCUAGCCCGGACGGGAAAGCCUUUCUUUCUUCCAAGUGUGGUGAAGGAUUCUGAGAUUUCCUUCUUCUGUCUAUUUAUUUCCUUUGGGAGAAUUAGGACUUCCUGUAAACUAUCGUUUCUGAGAUUUCCUUCUCCUGUCUAUUUACUUCCUUUUAUUUGGAGAAUUACGCGCAGAAACAUGGCUUCAUACGGAAGAUAUCAUUGUGAAUACCAACUGUGCCAGGCCGAAGGCAUUAUUCCUCGGGAUGUCGAACGGGAAGUCAAACGGAAACGGAAACAGUGGUCACUGCGCAAGCAUACUUAUGGUGUUUAUUAUAUCUUCAAUGUAAAAUACAUAUUAAAAAAAGGACCAGGUCAAGGUGCUGACGAAAUUCUUGAUUAUGCCGGGACUGGCUUUUGGUUGCCUUGUCAUUAUUUUGAUAGGUAUGAUUUCAAUAUGCUUUUUGGCGGUUAUGGGGUGCGGGAGGAUGUGAGAGAAGAGUUGAUAUCCCAACUUCGUGAUUUUUCCAAUCAAUUGAGGGCUGAUCCGGCGAAUGCUGGCUGCUACACAUUCCAAAUAGAUGUAUCCAUUCAGAUUUACACGGUACAACAAGAGGAUGAAACUAUUGAGGCUGCUAAGGACAGGGCCAUUACGGCGGAGAUUUUAACGUUCGGCUCUCUAGAGGUGGACAUGUUAACUCGAAAGUUUAAGUUUGCAUUCUUGCCUGGAAAGUGGUCAUUCAUUGAUUCUCUUGCGAAAGUUAUAGUAGAAGAUAAUAAUCCAGGACAAGCAUGCGUAGUUAGGGAUGAAUGUUGUAUUUGUUUGAACAUGCCUGCUGCUGGAGAAGAAAUAUCCUUCCUGGCAUGCUCACAUGCAUAUCAUUCCAAAUGCAUUAUCACUUGGCUAUUGAGGAAUCCCAUAUGCCCAGUGUGUUACCAACCAGUGCCUGGUCGAACAGAUGUUGCUUUGGAGCCCGCUGUUGCUCUUGCUCUGAUGCUACUAAUUUUAAAUUCCACUGGUGCACCUGGGAAGAUGCUGAUUCCCGAUCCAUUUCUGUUAGCAAUGUACUUUCUCAUAUCCUGA